CUGUCCCAGCCAGGCAGCGCUGCUUCCUCCUCCUCCUCCUGCAGCGCUGCCUGACUGCCCGACUGCUCAUCAAUAAGCUGCAUUAGCCGUCCUCUAAUCAUCCUGACAGAGAGACGGAGAGAGAGAGUAGGACAGCCGGUGUUUGAGUGCAUCAUCACUCUGUGUUUGUGUGGGAGGAGGGAGGGUGUAUCCUAGCGGGGAGCUUUUCCUUGUUGUAGUAACCGACCGACCGACUGCAUGCCGACUGCCAGCCGUUACUUCACUGCAGCAGCAAUCAGCCCCUUCGUACUUAGUGAGCCAGACACUCUAACCUGUCUGUCCCCUCCUCUUUUCUCUCUCUCCCUCUCUCUCUCUCUCUCUCUCUCUGCAUAUUCAGCAGAGCUGCCCUCCUCUCCUCCUCAUCACUUUGCCACUCCUGCUGCAUUGCUCUUUGCUUGAAGGGGACACUGGCCUGCUCCUCACCCACUGAUUCUGCAUGACUGUCACAAAGAUGUCAUGGCGUCCGACCUACCGAAGCUCCAAGUUUCGAAACGUCUACGGAAAAGUCGGCAACAGGGAGCACUGCUAUGACGGCAUCCCCAUCACCAAGAACGUCCAUGACAACCACUUCUGUGCCGUCAACUCCAAGUUCCUGGCAGUCGUCACGGAGAGCGCCGGCGGGGGCUCCUUCAUCGUCAUACCUGUAUCCCAGUCUGGCCGUCUGGACUCUCAUUACCCCAAAGUGUGCGGCCACCAAGGCAAUGUGCUGGAUAUCAAGUGGAAUCCCUUCUUUGAAAACAUCAUAGCAUCCUGCUCUGAGGACACCUCGGUCCGAGUAUGGGAGAUCCCAGAGGGCGGUUUGAGGCGCAACAUGACGGAGGCGGUCCUGGAGCUGUACGGUCACAGCAGACGGGUGGGUCUGAUCGAGUGGCACCCGACCAGCAGCGGCAUCCUCUUCAGCGCAGGAUACGACUACAAGAUCCUCAUUUGGAACCUGGAGAUCGGGGAGCCGGUGAAGAUGAUCGACUGCCACACCGACGUCAUCCUCAGCAUGUCCUUCAACACAGACGGCAGCCUGCUGGCCACCAGCUGCAAAGACAAGAAGCUGCGAGUCAUCGAGCCGCGUUCCGGGAGAGUCCUUCAGCAAGCCAGCUGUAAGAACCACCGUGUGAACCGAGUGGUGUUCCUGGGCAACAUGAAGCGACUGCUCACCACAGGAGUUUCUCGCUGGAACACCCGGCAGAUCGCUCUCUGGGAUCAGGAGGAUCUGUCGAUGCCAAUUGUAGAGGAGGACAUAGACGGGCUCUCGGGACUGCUGUUUCCUUUCUACGACGCCGACACGCACAUGUUGUACCUGGCAGGAAAGGGGGACGGCAACAUCCGUUACUUUGAAAUCACCUCGGAGAAGCCGUACAUCCAAUACCUAAUGGAGUUCCGGUCCCCGGCCCCGCAGAAAGGACUCGGUGUGAUGCCAAAGCACGGGCUGGAUGUGGCAGCCUGCGAGGUGUUUCGCUUCUACAAACUGGUGACGCUCAAGGGUUUGAUUGAGCCAAUUUCCAUGAUUGUGCCGAGGAGGUCGGACACAUACCAGGAGGACAUCUACCCCAUGACAGCAGGGACAGAACCCGCCCUGUCCGCCAGCGAAUGGCUCAGCGGGAUUGAUAGAGACCCCGUCUUGAUGUCCCUGAAGGACGGUUACCACCGGCCAAACCAGCUCGUGUUCAAGGCCCCGGUGAAGGAGAAGAAGAGCGUGGUGGUGAACGGGAUCGACCUGCUGGAGAACGUACCGCCCAGGACGGAGAACGAGCUCCUGCGGAUGUUUUUCCGGCAGCAGGAUGAGCUGCGGCGGCUGAAGGAGGAGCUGACCACCAAGGAUGUGCGAAUACGCCAGCUGGAGCUGGAGCUCAACAACCUGAAGAACGUUAGUCCCAACAACGUCUGACCUUGGAGCCUCCCGGACUGGCAAAGCUGCCCCCAACUCAGACCUCCGACAAGCUCCUGAGACUCCGCCCUGCAUUUUUGAUAUAUGUCAUUAUAUCAUAAGUUCAUUCCUGCUGCCCCACAUAGUGCUCAUGGUAACAUGGAAACUGGGAUAAAGUGUUGACUGAUGCAAUUUACUGGACUAUUGUAGUAGUGAUCAGAAAUCAGUCCCUCCAGGAUUCCGUGGAGUUUUUCCAGAUUGUUGCGCCCCUAAAACUCUUGAAUUCGCGGCAGCUUUUCUAAAAAAUUGCGAUGCAAGUUGUGAUGUUUUAAGCGUAUUUGUUGCGAUGAAAUCACAGGAGACAUUUGCUAAAAGCUUUUAGAACAUGUUUUAACAUUUUAAUUGAUUAUAUUUACUCCUCCAACCAGAGCUGAUGCGAGAACGUUCUUCCUACGCCUCCUUUUAGUCGUAGCAGCUCCAGGAGAAACCAGCCAGACUUCUCUGGAAGACGUUUACUGGAUGAGUUUAGCAGCAACGGGCACCAUGACAGAGACUUCUGUGGUCAUUAAUGACCUCCAAGCAGCACUAAUUUCCACAAUAACCAGAGUGUUUUUAUUGCAGGAUGACAGAUUUAACCAAGCAUCUGUGGAUGGUUCCUAAUUCACGAUUGAUUCUUUAAUUCUUGUAUCCAAUUCCUUGCUACAUCCACGAUAAAACUAAAACCAGUCCCUCCAGGAUUUCGCAGGCAUUUUUCCAGAUCGUUGCAUCUCUGCGAUGUUUUAAGCGUAUUUGUUGUGAUGAAAUCCUGGGAGACAGUUGCUAAAAAGUUGCAUUUUGUUCAGCUUUUAGAACAUGUUUAAACAUUUUAAUUGACAGUAUUUAUUCCUCCAACCAGAGCUGAUGCGAGAACGUUCUUCCUACACCACCUUUUAACGUCUUCCAGAGAAAUCCGGCUGGUUUCUUCUGAAGCUCCUACGAUCACCAGGACUAAUUCUUUAACACGCUCCAACCCAUUUCCACAAGCGGGCACACCAUGGCGGGAACUUAUCAGCAGCAGCUGAUUUAACAUGAAGUGGUUGGUAGAUUCAAGGCACAGGCGUCUGUUCUGCACGUGUACAUUAUGUACGGGUACCAAAUCGCGUGACCUAAAUAUGUAGCGGGCGGUGGGAAUUGAUGGGACUCAGGAACACCCCCACAAUUCAAUCAAUUAUGUCUUGCAUCAUUUCCGAUAAUUCUGCAGCGGUGGAUUCGUAGCGUUCACUUGUUGUCAUGGUUACCGUGCCGCUACCUCAGAGGGAAAUCUUUAAAAAGUCCCUGCAUCCAGACUAUAAGCCGCAUCACUGCCAAAAUCUAAACACUCGAUCCUGACCUUCCCUGAAAAUUGCAUCCAAAUCCGUUGGUCUGUUUUUGGGUAAUGUUGUUGACAGAAUGAUUCUUGUACGCUGAUCGUCACAUAACUCUGCCGUGUUUCUUGGCGGAAUAAUGAAUCCAACUUCCCUUCAUCCUUUUAGAGCUCCAACAGAUCUGGAUCAACAGCUUCCAUCACGGUGAUCUGUCUGGUUUGUUUCCGCUCCUUUCAGACGUUCUCCUGAUAUGUUUGGAGGUAGAAAAGUGUUUGUCAGUCGAUGGUUUUCGUUUGUUUUCCACCACAGCAUUUCACAGGUGUAAAACAGUUUAGCUCUGCUUUGGUGAAGAACAUCAGGGAAUUGUUUUUCACGUCUUUAGCAGUAGUUUUUGUUGGUAAAUGAGAGACAUUAGAAUGGGACAUGUCUGCAUUUUCAGACCAUAAACCAGGAAGUGAAUUCAGUGACGUACGUGCGUUAUGCUGGGGACUGCUGUGAUUGGUGGAACUCACGGGAGGCGGGACAAAUUUGCGGAAACGUUGCGGUGAUUGGACAAAAUUGCAAGAUUGCACAGAAUUAAUGGAGAUUGGUUAAAUUUGUGUUAAUUGUUGAUAUUGAAACAUCACAAACACCUGGAGGGACUGAUAAGUGAUGAAGGGGAGACAGUUCACAUUCAGCUCAUACAUUCAACUGAUCCAGUCAGUUUGGGUAUUUUCUGUUUUUAUAAAUGAGUGUUAGGACUGAAUAUUUUCCACCGCACCGCCUCGGUAUUCUUCUCACCAUGCCUGCCCUGUUGUCCUCGUGGCAAUGCCUUGAUCACCGUGCAAAAAAAAAAAAAAACUACAGUUCCCAUUCCAAACCACCCACGAAUCCUCAUCCAGGUUCAAACCGGAGGAUGAAACAGACUAUCACCGACUCCUCCUCUUCUUCUUCCCUAAGGCCUUAGACCCUGCUGAGCUGCAGCUUCAUCUCCAAACGGCUGAAGAAGUAGUAGUCCUCUGACAGACCUGAAGAGUUCUGCUGAGGUGGAUCCUGUUGUUUUUUCCCACAAAGCUGCUUAUCCUGUAACUGCUUUCUUCACCUACAGAUGUUGACUCUAAAUCUGCUCCCUAACACCGACGCAUAGCUCUCUUAAUGCCGUCCAGGAGGGUGGAUAGCUCACACUCUGUUCUUUAUUUAAAUAGUGGGAAAGCAGCAGGAGACGUGGAUCCACGUGGACUUUAUUGGCUGUUUCUGGUUUUUAGGGCUAAUUUUGAGGAUUGGGGGGGUAAUGUAUAUUUGCUUCUAUUUAUUUGUCACAUCUUACCUUUUUAGCUAAUAACAUGUAUAUUUGUUAAUCCCACUGUUUUUGUACGACGUGGCUGCGCAAGUAAUGAUUGUGAUGCUUGAUAGAUUUCUGCUGAAUGUCUCCGGUUGAAAUGGUGCGAGACGUGUUGUGUGAAACGGCACCUUAAACGGUAUUUAGUUCUUCGACUCCAACUGCAUAACUUAAGAUAAGUUAUGAAGCUAUAUUCUUGCCUCUUCCUAACAGUGCAGACUGUAUUAAUAACCGUCCUUUUACAUUUAAACUUAAGUAUAUUACUCCUACUGAGACGUGUUUGCCUGUAGAUGUGUAAUUUUGCUCUUUAAGACUUCAGGUCAUCCGCCUCUCCUCCACUUGUACCAUCAACAGAUUUUAGGCUAAAUUGUAGUUUAAAUGCCUCAAUUUCACCUCCAGAUAUUGUUUUCCGUCGGUGUUACAUUGUAAGAGAAAUGGGUACUGUAUUAGCGUUGGAUUGGCUCCGAUGUAACGUCCAGGUUCACGAAGGAUUCUGCUUAAAUGCCAUUUUCAGUUAUAAUUUGAAAGUAGAAAGUAAGUUAAGGAUUAAAGGUCACAAGUCUUCUCUGCUCACAACACAGCGGGGACAUAAAGGGUCAGAAGCUUGAAAAUAAAAGCACAGGGACCCUUGAGAAGCAGACUUGAACUAGCGACAGGCUAAUGCUAAAUGUGUGUGUUUCUUGCAGGGAAAGUAAAAGGCUGCAGUGAAAGUAGAAAGAGAGAAAAGGGAUCUUCCAGACUGACAGGGCUUCUCAUUUAGAUGAACCGAGGACUAAAAUCAACCACUUAGCUGUUCUCGUUUGAGAAGGUAGGAUAACAAGGCAGAAAUGUGCUUUUAAAGUGUCUUUUUGUACAGCUGCUAAACGGCAUUUUGACUUUGAAAAACUGGCAGAACCUCAAAGUUUGAUAGUGUUGAACUGGAAUUUUUGGGAAUUUGAGUAAAACCUGGCUUCAAUUUGUAUUCUAAGCUAAGAGUUUACGUCUCAAGUCUUGUGAAAAUGCGUCAUCGAAAUGAAUAAUCGAAACCUGGAAUUCUGUACAUCAGGGGUGUCAAACUAUUUAGUCCAGGUUCCACAUUCAGCCCAGUUUAAUCUCCAGUAAAAUCACAGCAUAACAAUCUAUAAAUAACCACAACUCCACACCUUUCCCUUUGUUUUAGAGCAAAAAGAGUGUGCUCUGAAAAUGUUUACAAAACAUCAUCAACAACCUGAAAUUUCUGAAGAAAAAUAAGUUCAAUUUCAUCAACAUUCAGCCUCAGUUUAUCAUUUCCACAUUACAACUUCCAGAUCACAGAGUGUCUACAAAGAAACACAACAUUUAGUCACCUGGAAUUUUACUUUAUGAUCACAAUGACAAAAGUCAGACAAAAAAAACAACAAAAACUUGACAAAAUAUUACAAAAACGAGCCAAAAAAACGACAUAAAAGACAAAUGAUGCAAACGAACCAAAAAGGAAACAAAAUGACAAAAAUGAGAAACAGAAAAUGACAAAAACAAGAGACAAGCAACAGUCAGACAAGAAAAGACAAAAAUAAGAGACAGAUAUAGCCGAGCUGCUGCGUGGCAAAAAUGGGACCCGAAAUGACAAAAAUGAGAAAAAAAAAUGAGAAAAUGAGACACGAAAUGACAAAAAUGAGACAAAAUUAGAAAAAUGAGACACAAAAUGACAAAAACAAGACACAAAAUGAGAAAAACGAGACACAAAACAACAAAAUGACAAAAAUGAGACAAAAUUAGAAAAAUGAGACACAAAAUGACAAAAACAAGACACAAAAUGAGAAAAACAAGACACAAAACAACAAAAUGACAAAAAUGAGACUAAAAAUGAGAAAAAUGAGAGACAAAAUGACAAAAAUGAGAAAAAAAAUUAGAAAAACGAGACAUAAAAUGACAAAACUAGACACAAAAUGACAAAAACCAGACACAAAAUGACAAACGAACAACCUCGUAUUUUACUUUAUGAUCCAAACAACUUGUCAUGGUCUAGAAAUGAUUUUAAAUUUAUAGUUUUACUCAUUUACAAUCUGCAGUUAAUAUCUUCUCUGUAAUUUUUCCACUUUGAGGGCCGGAUUGGAUCCUCUGGAGGAUCGCUUUUGGCCCACGGGCCUCAUGUUUGACACCCCUGCUGUACACAUUUCAUCCUUUUGACUGAACCGUGUUGCUGUACAAGGACCACAAACUUCAAACACAUAUAUAAAAGGGAUUUAUUGAAGUGAAUGGGAGGGAGAAGAAACAAAAAGAAACAGAAUUUGGCUGAUGACAGUGGAAUUAACAUAGAGUGAAGAAUCACUGAGGUAGGCCAAUCUGACCGCUGCGUAUAACUUGAGAAAACAACGUUCAAAUAAAUGACCGUUUUCCAGAGUUUACACUUUGAAACAAUAAAUUUUCAAUGCACA